AUGCCAUCUCCUGAAAUGACAGGUGGCCCAUUUCAGCCCGAAAAUUCGCCAAAGGACUCCCAGUCGGGCUCUCACAACGGCUCCGGCGCGUCGGACACCGGGGACUUAGGUGACAGCAUCGACUUUGGAGCCCAUUCAAACGGCCAAACACCGAACACGAUCGCCGAAGGAAAACAAAGCGCAAAAGCCAUGCUAGCUGCUUCGGGGGUGCCCGCACCCUCAGAGGGCAGUGAGGGUUCCAACGGUGCUCGUUCGAAUGGCAACAACUCCACAAAAAACCUAUCGCGCGACGGAUCUGCUGUACGAUCCACAGAGGUCUCGGGAGCAAUGCCUGUUCGCGCUCGCGAAACACCGCUUGAUAAGAUCCUACUCGAGCAGUAUGUGGAUCGUGAAUUCCAGCAUGCUGCAGCGAGCGCCUGGCAAAACCCCGGGCUCGAGUUGCAAAAGAACAAGCGGGCAGAGCGCGACUAUUAUCUUGCAGUACGACGUGAAACCCAGAUGAACCCGGCUGCUCUUUACGGAGUGGGCUAUGAGGGAUUUGGAAACCCGCGCACCGAUCUACGACAUCAACAUCCUCAACUUAUGUACCCCGUCCACCGACGCCGACCAGGAAACCGGAAAACACGAGAACUGCGAGUUUCACGACGCGAUGCAAAGAUCCAAAGUGAACAGACGGAAGAUCUCGUACCUAUUCGGCUGGAUAUCGACUGGGAUAAGGUCAAGAUUCGCGAUACUUUCACCUGGAAUCUCCAUGACCGAGUUGUUUCUCCGGAUUUGUUUGCUGAGAAGCUCGUAGAAGACCUGGGCCUUCCACUGGAGUCAUCGGUCCCUCUAGCGCGCAUGAUCUCUCAGAGCAUACAGGAGCAGGUGAUGGAUUAUUACCCACACCUUUCUAUUCAUGAAGAUCCCCUCGAUGAUCAGCUACCCUACAGUGCCUACAAAAAUGAUGAGAUGCGCAUUUUGGUGAAGUUGAACAUUACUAUUGGUCAACAUACACUUAUCGAUCAGUUCGAAUGGGAUAUCAAUGACCCCAGUAAUUCACCCGAAGAGUUUGCCAUGCGCAUGACGGACGACUUGUCCCUCUCGGGCGAGUUCACUACCGCCAUUGCACACUCAAUCCGCGAGCAGUCUCAGCUCUUCACCAAAUCCUUGUACAUUGUUGCUCACCCGUUCGAUGGUCGUCCGAUCGAGGACCCAGACCUACACACCUCUUUCCUUCCAACUCCUGUUUCUUCCGCCUUCCGACCAUAUCAAUCCGCCAAAGAACAUACACCUUAUCUUUAUGAACUGAACGAGACAGAUCUCGAACGAACCGAGAUUUCGAUAUCUCGAGAACAGCGUCGUCAAAAGCGAUCCAUCAAUCGACGUGGUGGCCCUGCGCUGCCAGAUCUCAAGGACCGUCAACGCACGAUACGCACAAUGAUUGUCUCAUCUGUUAUUCCCAACUCAGUCGGUUCUUUCGAAGAAAGCAACGUGGUCAAGCGAACUGGUUCUGGUCGCCGCCGUGGAAUGACUGGACAUCGGGACGAUGAUUCUGAUGAGUUUGACAGCGAUGACUCUUCUGUCGGGUCUCCAGCAAUCGGUCCCAAUCUUGCACAAGGCACUGCCCGGACGAGAGGUAUGCGGGGCGCGGCAAGUGCAGCUCAUGCAGCCCUUCGCCAAACUCUGGGUCAAUCUGCUACCCCUGAACCAGUGGCAUAUGAACCUCGGGUCUCAUCUCGACGCCAGCAAUAUCGAGAGGAAAGUGUAGAGGAGCCGCCCGAAAAACUAGUUGUCAGACUGAGGAUGCCGCGGGAUAAGCUUGUCGAUUUGAGAAACGGAAAGCGAAUCCACUCCUUCCAGACUGGUGCUCAGCGAGCAAUGGCACCUCCGAUCGAUAGAUCCCGACUUCAUACGCAGCCACGACCACAACAAACCGGAGCUGUUGAUGCCCCGAAUCCCCCGCAACCUGGUGUCUCUGGCCCCCCGCCACCCCCGUGGCUCGCAGUUGGUCUCCAAAAACUCAAACAAUCCCACCCCAAUGACUCAUUUGAAGGAGUGAUGCGAUAUUCCGCCGUCGACACCGAAACCCUCGCCCCCGUGGCCAAUCCUAACAGUCUAUCUGACGGCCAGAAAGUCAAAUAUCAAUACCUGCCCCGAAUCCGCUGCCACGACUGCCCCGGGAAACUGUACACCCCAGGUCCAGGCAUGACGGUGGAUAACUUUGAAGUUCACCUCCGCAACAGACAGCACAAAGAGCGCGUUGAAGAGCGCAUCAGGAGUGUCGGCGGUGAUGGUGCCAGCCCUGCCCCUGGCGCCAGAGGCUCUACAAGCGCGAGUCCCGCACCAGGAGUCUAUGGAAUGCAUGGUGCUUCUCCCUCCCAGACCACUGGGUCUCAGCCAUAG